AUGUUUAACACCGGGUACAACUCGCCACGACUGGUUCUUUAUUACCGGACGACAGUCAUGGAGGACAUGAGCGCGUCGUUACUGGUAGACAGGAUCAAGGAACUCGGCMAGUUUGUGGUGGCGAACCCAUCUUGCCCGGUCAAUCAACUACCUGUAUUCGGCACCCCCGACCAGCGUCUGAUACGACAAUGGAAUGCUGUCGAAGCCGCAAGGCCACCACUACCACCACAUCAGUUGAUGCAUAAAAUCACCCAUCGCGUCGGUGAGCAACACUCCGACCUUCCCGCCAUUGACGCGUGGGAUGGAGCGCUUACCUAUCGGGAGCUGGUUCGACUAUCCACGGGCCUGGCGGCGCAUCUGAGACAACACGGCGUGCGUCCGUUCCCAUUCAUCCCGGUUCUUUUCGACAAGACCAUCUGGGCAAUCGUGGCCCUGCUUGCAAUGCACAAGGCUACAGGGGCCACGGUGGUACUCAUGACUGGGCGCCAGGCCGACGUCCAGCAGCAAGUGGUACAAACUCAGAUCGUUGUGCCCUCGUCAACUAUGGCACGCCUCCCUUGGACCGGUGACGAGAAAGUCCCCUGGAGUCUCGCGCCACCGAAUGCGCCAGCGUACUGCCUCCACACAAACGGACAUAUUCGCCAACCCGACGCUCUCAUCCCUGCCAAGGAAGGCCGCAGAGGGAAUCGUUGA